UCUAAAAAAGCUUAAAUUACACAACAGAAGUCUUAUGUUAUCACCUGUCCUGUUCCCAGGAUUUUCAAACCAGUGUGCACGGUGCAAUAAAGAGGUGAAGGACAUCGCCCUGAUAGAGGCCUCCAUCACAUCCAUACAGAAGACACAGCAGGACAUCCAGAGGAACCUGGCGGCUCUGAGUCGUCAGCUGACUCGUCAGAGGGCGACAGAUGACAGCGUGUCACUAACGGGCCGUCACUGUCUCAUCCUCUGCGUCCUGCUCCUCUCCCAGCUCCUGCUCAACUACGUCUUCACCUGAGCCACUUCUCAGGGAGGAGUUUCCCCCCAGCACUGAUCUGGCAUCAGAUUCCUUCAAAAAGCACAGACUCAAAUCAGCAGAGGAGGGCAGAGACCUCAGAUCAGUGUUCGGAGGGCAACUUUGUCCCUUUUGUGCCCUCUAAUAAAGGGAGGGGCACUCAGACAUUAAAGCAAUAAACACAGCCACAGCCACCGCCUGUCAGUCAUCUGCAGAGAGGAACAGCACCCCCUAGUGUAGCCAGACUGAAACAGCACCGGCACCCGCGCACUUUGGACAGGAAAGGAGGGACGAGAGAUGAGCACGGCUAAAAAAAAAGAUUUUGAAUAAAAAAAAAAAAAAAAACAUGAUAUGUAACGUGAAGAUGAAGAAUGAUUUUGCUAAAUGAAAUGACAGAGAGGAUGUUUCACCAUUCCUUAGUAUCUUUUUAUAUUGCCCUGCAAUACUGUAUAUCUGUUUGUGUGCCUGUGUGUGUCUUGUCCGUACCUACAUCCUACCUACAGUAGGCCCUAUGGGCGCAGGCAGAUCACCACUUGGACUCCUCCUACUCCCCUUCCACUCCAAAUUUUGGGCCUUAACGCUGAAGCCAAAAAGAAAAAGAAGAAACAAAACGAAGAAGGAAUAUCUUCCAACAGUGCAAUUCUGCGUGUUUUG